AGCCGCCGUUACCAAGGCGACGGGAGGAGCCGGCGGGGGCCGCGGGGCAGGUUUUCCGACGAUGAGGCUCAGCGGUAACGCCUAGCAAUGGGUGAUGUUCUCGCUUAUGAAGCUGAGUUGCUCGGACUAGUGAGAGAGUAUUUGGAUUUUGCUGAAUUUGAAGAAACAGUGAAGAUAUUUGUGAAGGAAUGUAAAAUAAAAGGGAAGCCACUACCUAAAUCAGCAGGUGUUUCCCUGAGAGAUUCAAAGGCUUUGACUAUUCAGAAAGAUCUGCUUACAGCAUUUGAAAAUGGAGAGCAGAAAGUUUUCUUCCAACUUUGGAAGGAGCAUAUAUCGUCUUCAGUUCGAGACAGUGAGCAGGUUGCUCAGAAGCUGGAGUUCUAUCUUCACGUACACUUUGCCACCUACCUCUUGAAACACACUGUGGGAAAGCCUGACAAAGCUGAACUUGAGGAAAGGAUUUCUCACUUUAAAACAUACCUAGAAACAAAAGGAGCUGCACUUAGCCAGACAACAGAGUUUCUUCCCUUCUAUGCUUUGCCUUUUGUUCCUAAUCCCAUGGUACAUCCUUCAUUUAAAGAACUUUUUCAGGAUUCUUGGACAUCAGAUUUAAGGGCAAGAUUGGAAAAGUUCCUGUCUCUGACUCUCAAAGCCAGCCAGACGCCCAGGCUUCUCACUUUAUUUAAGGAGAAUGGACAGUGCAACAAAGAAAUGUUACAACAGCUUCAUCAACAGUUAGUGGAGUCUGAGCGCAGGACCAUGACCUACCUGAAACGAUUUAACAAAAUGCAAACAGACUACCAUAAUCUCAUCGGGGUUGCUGCAGAGCUCGUGGAUUCCUUGGAGGCCACAGUCAAUGGCAAGAUGAUUACGCCAGAAUAUCUUCAAAGUGUUUGUGUUCGCUUGUUCAGCAAUCAAAUGAGACAAAGUGUAGCACACAGUAUUGACUUCACAAGGCCUGGAACUGGAUAUUACUCUAUGAGCCCUUGUGAUGACGAAUAUGCUUCUACAAUGUUAAGAGCAUCCUUAGCCCCCGUGAAGAUGCAGGAUGUGCCAUUGUUGCCCUCUUUGGAUUAUGAGAAGCUGAAGAAAGACUUGAUUAUGGGGAAUGAUCGUCUCAAGGCCUUCUUACUGCAGGCCCUGCGCUGGCGCUUGACAACAUCAUAUCCUGGAGAACAGAGAGACACUGUCCUGCAAGCGUACAUCAGUAAUGACCUCCUAGAUUGCCACAGCAAUUGUCAGAGAAGUGUCCUCAAAUUGCUACAUUCGAAGAGUGAGGUAGUCAGACAGUAUAUGGCCAGACUCAUCAAUGCUUUUGCUUCGCUGGCAGAAGGUCGUCUCUACCUUUCUCAGAAUCCAAAGUUGCUGCGAAUAUUGGAGGAGAGACUGAAAGCUGAAGACAAGGAUUCCCUUACACGGGAGAAUGUUCUGGGGGCUCUGCAGAAAUUCAGCCUCAGGCGUGCACUGCAGUCGGCAAUGAUCAGAGAUGGGCUCAUUUUCUGGCUAGUUGAUGUUCUAACAGAUACAGAUUGCCUGUCUGAUUACACACUGGAGUAUUCUGUUGCCUUACUCAUGAAUCUUUGUCUGAGGAGUGCAGGAAAGAAAACGUGUGCAAAGAUCGCACACCGUGUGCUCAGAGUUCUUUCUGAUCUUCUCGGCCAUGAGAAUCGUGAGAUACAACCGUAUGUGAAUGGAGCACUGUAUAGCAUUCUUGCUAUCCCUUCUGUCCGAGAAGAAGCUAGAGCAAUGGGAAUGGAAGAAAUUUUGCGCUGCUUUAUCAAGGAAGGAAAUGCAGAGAUGAUUCGACAGAUUGAAUUUAUUAUCAAACAGCUCAAUUCAGAAGAACCAUUAAAUGAUAGUAUUGUGUCUGAUGAUGAAGAGGAGGAAGAGGAUGAGGAAGAGGACCAUGACACCAUGGAGGCUGAUCUGGACAAAGAUGAGGUUUUACAGCCUCAGCUGGGAGAGCUUACAGGAGAGAAGCUGCUGACAACUGAGUACUUAGGAAUAAUGACUCAUACUCCAAAAACCAAGAAGAAGCUGUUAGCUGGUGUCCAUCAGAGUAUAGAUGAGCCUCUCCAGAGACCUGUGACGCCAGGUUAUCACAGAACUAUGUACCCAAUGCCAGAAAACGAUGACAUUCCUUGCCACAGUAGGGAUGAAAAACUCCAGUCCUUGUCGAGUGAUCGUCCUCCCAUUCGUAGCGGGAGUAGGUCCAGCAUUUCUGACCUCUGCAUUUCCUCCUCAUCAAUUGAAAUGGAGUCAUCUAAGGUAUUCUCAUCAGGCCAUAGAAUGGACCAAUGCAUCCCAGCUGCUGACAACAUCUUGCCUUCCCAAUCUACUGAGUUCACCCAGGACAAAGUAAAUGGACUAUCUAAUAGUGAGUUUUCUUCAGCCUUUACUAGCAAACCUAAGAUCCCUCGCACUCCUGAAGUGCAGAGUGCCAGCCCUAGAAAGGGAAAGAUCCCAACUAUUGCCCCCCAGUUCUCUCAGUCUGGACCCCAGCAAAUGAGCCGGCCCAGUUCUUCAGGAUCAUUCACGAGGAGCAGACAGAGCAGCCAGUCCUACAGGAAGUGAGAACAGUUGCUUUCCUCGAGAAUCACCUGUCACAUUGCUGAAGGACAGAGACAGCUUCCUGUAAUGACCUUUACUAGUGACCUACUUGAGAAGAGAGUGGGUUAUUAAUAUUGCACGUGUACGCCUUGCACAGUGAUUCAGGAAUUAUCUGAUGGGAUGAUCUUUUAUCAUCUCUACACCAGGUUAAAACAAGGGCCUUGUUACAAUCCAACGUCUCAGCAGCAGCCCAGCUCUGAUAUGAUAGAUGAAUGUACUCCCAGUGUCUCCAAUAGUUUACGCCUAAGAGACAGAGAUGAUCUGUAGGGCUCAGCACAGGAGUCUGGCCAGGCAACCGUCUUGUUUACAUAUUGCUUGCUGAAGUAGCCUGUCACUUGCUUUUUGAAAACUAUUCCCUUGUGAAUGAGCAGGGGGUUAUCUGUAUUCAAAGGAUCUGCACUAGGAGUUCUGUGUGAGAUGAGAUCUGGGUUUGGCCACCACAGACUGGAGAAAAAGUAUUUCAUCAACUUGUGAUUGACCUGAAGCAAUUGAAAAAUACUGUGCCACUGCCCAAAGCAGAGUACUUGCUCACCUCUGAGGAUCUGAUGAGGAGCUUUAUCUUAUCUGCAGCUAUUACUCCUAUACAUUCUUUCUAAGUUGGAUUUUUUUUCUUAAUUUUGCUUUUUAAUGUUUGCAGAACGAAUACUCCACUUUUACACUGGAAUGGAGGACUUUGUUUCUUCAUUCAGAGGAGAAGCUGUAAAAAUGUGAACAGACCAGAAACAGCUUUCCCUUACUGUUUGGUUAUGGACAGUCUCCUUUGAUCUUUGUCAUGUUUUGUGAUAUUCUUCACUUCUGAGAAAUGUUUUAACUUUAUGAAAUUUGGACUGAUCUUCAGUCAUUGUGAAAUGCUUUCGAGGCAAGAGAGAUCAGAAAGCCCUUCAUUAAAUAAAGAUCCUGCAGUUAA